GCAAAAAACUCAAACUUCAUCCAGAACAACUAUAAAUAACCAAUGAGUAUCAGAGGAUUUAGACAGCUAGUUCAUGGAUUCCCUUUUCACUUCAGGGAUGCUACAAGUAACCGUCCAACAUAAGAAUAUAGCAAAACUUUAUCAGAUAGCUAAAAAAGUAAAGAAUUGUAUUGAGGGUGUGAGAAAAUCUCAAGUGGGUAGGAAACCAUAGACAAAAAAUGAGUGAAUAUGUAAUGAUAAUAGUCAUCAUUCAAAUUCCAUGUCCUUUGAUCAUCAAUCACCAUCUUGGAAAAAAAAAUCCACAUAAUACCACUGGCCUAUUAAAAUUCCAUGUCCUUUGAUCAUCAAUCACCAUCUUGGAAAAAAUCCACAUAAUACCAAUGGCCAAAAACUCUAUGUCCUUGAUGAUCAGUGAUCACCAUCUUGAAAAAAAUCCACAUAAUAUCAAUGGCGUAAAAGUUAAAACAUAUUAUACAAUUCAGAAAACUCAGGUCAAACGGAGUAGAUAUCAGUCUUUAACUAGCUAGGGAAUCUUCAUCUGUUUGGAUAAAUGUCAGAGUGUUUUGGCGGGUUGAUAUCUAAACCAUAUGCCAUGCCUGAGUUGAUCAUGGUUCCAGUGUUCUUACUACUAUUUGGCUUUUACACUCUUAGUCAUGCCUGCAACCAACUCGAUCAUGACUCACUAUUUUCGCUUUCCCUCAAUGUAUCAGCUUCCCCUGCGUUGAAUUGGUCUUCUUCCACAGACUGCUGCCUCUGGGAAGGUGUCCAUUGUGAUAGAAACAAUAGAGUUUCCACUCUACGGUUACCCUCCAGAGGCAUAAGGGGAGCCAUCCCUAUAACUUUUGCAGACCUCGAGCACCUAACUCACCUCAACCUUUCCCACAAUCACCUCAGCGGACCUCUUCCGCAAGGAUUCUUUUCAUCCCUGCAUCAACUCGAAACUCUUGAUUUAAGCUAUAACAAUCUCUCUGGGGUUCUACAACCCUUUUUGAGAUCCAGCCAUAUCAAGAGCAUAGAUGUAUCCAGCAAUUACUUCGAAGGGGUAAUACCAUCUUCCUUCUUUCAAAUAGCUGAAAAUUUGAUUCGUUUUAAUGCCAGCAACAAUACCUUUUCAGGCCCCAUUCCUACCUCUAUGUGCAAUAAUUCAUCAAGGUCUAUCAGGAUCCUAGAUUUCUCUUACAACGAUAUUAGUGGCCAAAUACCUCCCACUCUUGGGAAAUGUUCAAAACUACAAGUUUUGCGUGUAGGUUUCAACAGUCUCUCAGGACCAAUUCCCAAUGAUAUUUACAGUGCUGUAGAACUUAUGCAACUCUCUUUACCUGUCAAUUACAUUUCUGGAUCAAUUGGUGAGGCCAUAAUCAACCUUGUCAACCUUAGAACUCUUGAACUAUAUUCUAACCAACUGUCUGGUUUAAUCCCCAAAGAUGUUGGUAAGCUAUCCAAAUUGGAGCAUUUUCUGCUCCAUAUCAAUAAUUUCAGCGGUUCCUUGCCUGCUUCCCUCAUGAACUGCACCAAUCUCAUUGUACUGAAUUUGAGAGUCAACCAAUUAGGUGGAGAUCUCACGACGUUCGAUUUCUCCACACUCACUAAUCUUCAGACAAUAGACCUUGGAAACAAUAAAUUUAGUGGUAACUUACCAGUCAGUCUCUUCACAUGCAAGUCUCUGAUCACUGUUAGGCUUGCCGGCAACAAGCUAGGUGGACAAAUCCCUCCUGAAACACAUGCUCUGCAAUCCCUGUCUUUCAUUUCACUUUCAAACAACAGCUUGACUAAUAUAAGUAGUGCCAUCAAGAUAUUGAUGCUUUGCAGGAAACUUUCUGUUGUUAUACUCACCAAGAAUUUUGAAAAUGAAGCGUUUCCCGAUGACGACAGCAUAGGAUUCACAAAUGGGUUCCAAAAUCUACAGAUUUUGGCUUUGGGUGGCUGCCAACUCACUGGUCGACUGCCAGCUUGGCUGGCAAAGCUUAAGAAGCUACAGGUUUUGGAUCUUUCUGUCAACCAAAUCACAGGUGCAAUUCCUAGUUGGUUAAAGAGCCUGCCAAGCCUUUUCUACAUAGACUUUUCCGGUAACUUCAUGUGGGGUGGAUUUCCCAAGGAACUUGCUGAACUGCAAGCCCUGACAGCUGUAGGGGGAGAAGAAGACAGCAUUGACAGGAGUUACUUAGAAUUGCCUGUCUUUGUCAUGGUCACUACUAAGUCUAAUCAACAAUAUAAUCAACUUUCCCAUUUUCCACCAGCCAUCUACCUCAGAAGCAACAGUCUUAGUGGUGAUAUUCCCAUUGAGAUCAGUCAGUUGAAGCGUCUUCAUGUGCUGGAUCUCAGUAAUAACAACUUCUCCGGUAUCAUCCCAGAGGAAAUGUCCAAGCUCACUAACAUGGAGAAGUUGGACCUCUCUGGAAACCUUCUAUCAGGUGAAAUUCCAACAUCACUUAUAAGUCUCACCUUCUUGUCCUCAUUCAAUGUUGCAAGCAAUGAUCUUCAAGGAUCCAUACCAUCAGGAGGUCAAUUUGAUACUUUCCCCAGCUCCAGUUUUGAAGGUAAUCCAGGGUUGUGUGGUCCAGUUGUAAAUCGCCCUUGCACUUACCAACCAGAAAAUGAACAUCCCAUUGUUCCUGAAAAGUGCUCCAAGAACACACUUGUUUUGGGACUCAUUGCUGGACUUGUCUUUGGGUUUAUUGUUGGAUCUGCUGGUGGAUUACUGUUCCCUAUCCACAGGCUAAAAUUCCUGUCACGUUGUAAGAUCCAAAUGCCUAGAAUUAGCAGAAGAAGUGAUUUGUCUUCCUUCGGCUAGCUGUUUGAUUUCGUCAUUCCACGGUCUGUUCAUAACAGAGGGAAAUGAAAUGUAAUGCAAGGGAACUACUGACAAGACUAGAGUAAGUUAGGGCUCUCGGAAUUCAGAUGAAAAUCUAGAUUUUUAGCAGAAGUUAAUGCCAUUGUUCUGAACGCCCUUCAUCUUUUUUGCCUUUUCUUGUACUUUCUUGUUGUCUUUUGAAUUGUAGAGCUGUCUUUAUGAAGAAAAAGGCUUCGUUUGUUAUUCAAUUAGCUGCAAAACCAUUAUGUAGUCCUCAAUUUAUUUAGUAUCCGAAGCGCAACCUAUCCACCCUACCAUAGGAGAUGCAUUCAUAUACUGCCUUUAAUGUCUUGGGCACAUUCCUAUUCUCUAUUGAGCUACUAAACUCCAACAGAAAGCUACUUUGCUACACAAAAAGCUGUAUUUCCUCCUUUAGCAAUGAUAGAAGGUUUUAAAAGC